AUGUCUUCUUGCUACUUCCCUUUCACUUGCCAAAGAAAAAUGGAGUUCAGCACCCCAAUCUAUAAGAAAUCUGAGAUAAGGUGGAGCUCAGAAGAAGAAGGUGGUCCUGGACAAGUGAAAUCGUAUUCUUGUUCCUUCUGCAAGAGAGGGUUCUCUAAUGCACAAGCCCUAGGUGGCCACAUGAAUAUCCACAGAAGAGAUAGGGCAAAGCUCAAGCAAUCUUCUGAAGAAAGCUUGCUUUCGUUGGACAUCUCAAUCAAGACCACAAGUGAUCACAGUAACGACCCUUCUGAUUUGGAAGAGAAAAUCUUGUUUCGGUUGGGUUCUGGAGAAGAUCAGAAGCAUGCUAGAAAUCGAAAAAUGCCAUUCAAUUUCCCUCUCAAAAGUGAUCAUGAUUAUGCACCAGAAAGGGGCAUGUUGAUUGGUUCAGCAGAAAUUCCUUCUUUUGUUUUGGGGCAGAGAAUUGAAGAGAACAAAGCUGAUUUAGACCUUGAACUUAGGUUAGGGCUUCAUCCCCAGGAGUCUGCAACGUUGAACACAAGAUCGUUCUUUUGA